AGCGCGGCUGGAAGAAGAAGAAGAAGAAGCCAAACGGAGAACGCAACGCGAUUUCGGGAGAGCCAGGAUCUUAGGGUAUAGAAUUCCCCAUGUCGUUGUUGCAGGGAAGAAGAAAGGGAAGAGGAACCGGAACCGGAACCGGAAGAGGACCUGGAAGUGGAAGAGGGAGGGGAGGGCGAACUAGGAUUACGGCGUGUGAUUGCACGCCUGCAAUUUGGGCGGAUCGGAAGGAGCAGAAAGAACAGCAUCGUCAGUAGAACCGCUCAGUGUUGGCGAAGAGGAGGAAGAGGGGGUUUGUAGAGAGUUUGGAUUCGUUGUAGGAGUAGCAGGAGGGAUGGCGGAGGAGGGGGAGGGAGCUUCGCCCACCACGUCCGUGGAUGGGAGUGGUAGUGGUGGUGGUGGUGGAGGAGGAGGAGGAGGAGGAGGAGGAGGAGGGGAGAUUAGUGGUGUCUUUCGGGAAUCAUCUGCAGUUCCGAGUACGAGCAAUGCCACCACGGGUACGGCCGGGGAGGAUUUGGUGCAGAAGGCUAGGAACCUCAUGCGACGGAUCGUGGUGGAGCGGGCCUCGCCUAACCCUUCGCUCUUGCAUGAGUUGGCUGCGAUUCUGGAGCAGGAAGAGGCUAGGUAUGAACAGCAUACAGGAAACCCAUAUUCCAACAAUUCACGAUCUUCGCACAUGAUAGGUCGCCUUGUGAAUUUGAUCAGGGAGGAUGAUGAUUUCUUUGAGCUGCUGUCAUCAAGGUUGUUGCUUGAACCAGUGCAUAGUACGAAGAUUCGUGCAGCUGCAGUUAGGCUGCUGCUCGCAAUCGUCUCUAGCUGGAUGUAUCCUCACGUGUUUGAAGAGGAGGUUCUUGCCAGCAUCAAACGAUGGGUUGUUGAGGACACACCUAAAGACAUAGCGAACAGCAGGGCAUCUAGAAGCAAGAGUACCAAGGAUGCUGAUGCAGUCGAUCGUGAGAUAUUGAGGACCUAUUCAACCGGCUUACUUGCAGUAGCUCUUGGAGGGUCUGAUGUAGUGGAGGAUGUACUCACGACGGGUAUGGUAGGUCUGCUUAUGCACUACCUGCGCGUUCGUGUACUGGGAGAUGCCUCGGCAGAAGCAAUUACUGAAAACAAGUCAAAUGUGGGAGUGAGUGGAAGUAGGGGAAGGGAUGAAGCUAGAGGAAGAGUUAGGCCAUCUUUAGAUGUUUCAAGAAUGGAGGAUAUUCGCGUUUCUGAAAAAGUAUCUGACGAACAAAUGGUAGAAAGGGGUGGUGAGAGGGUGCUUGAUGUCAAAGGAAAGAGGAAAGAGAAUGAGGAAAGUAUUCAGGAGGACACUGAGAAUUUAGAAGGAACUCCGGACCUAAGUCUAUGUACAUAUGAUGCCGACGAGGACGGUGAUGAAUGGAAUCACGAAGAUAAAAGGCGUCGGAAAGACAGACGAGAAGCUAAAACCAGGACAACGGAUUGGUUAAAUAGUACUCGUCCUCUACCAGAAGAUGAAUCUGAAGAGAUAGGUAGGGCAGAGCCUUCGAAACGCAGAGGCGACUUUUAUCGAGGAAGCGGGAAAGGAAGAGGAAAAGGGAGGUCUGGUGACGGUGCUUCAGAAAUGGAAAGAGGUCAACUAUCAGCUCCGACUUCAGCUCGCAGAGACACUGGUUUCAGAAGCAGGGGUCUACCUACAGAGAAAACUAGCACAGUGGCAGAAAUUGGUUCCGAGGCCCCGAGGGAUGGGAUGAAGGAUGAUAGUGAUUCUGAAAGCGAAGUGGUUCAGUGUGUAAUGGUUGGCAAUGCUGACAUCUCACUGGCCAUGCGAAAGGCUAAGCGAGCAGCUCAAGCAGAAGCAAGGACAGAAAACGCUCCCUGGGAAGCUGUGAAAGCAGCAGGAGAUGCUGCCGCAGACCUUGUCAGGGUAGCUGCUACAGAGGUUCUUGCAACGACAGACAAAGCGGAAGCUAUAUUGGCAGCAGCAAAUGAAGCAGCUCUUACAGUUGUAGAUGCUGCUCUUUCAACAACUGUCACUAGAGAGCAGUUGGAGAAGAAAGAGAUAGCCAUGGAAGAAGCUAAGAAAGUAGCAGUAAUCGAGUCUAAGAAGAAACAGGAAAAUGAAGCAGUAGAUAGAGGACAAAGUGCCGUGGAUAUGGAGGCAUUAGCUUCUUUGAGGGAACGGUAUUGCGUACAGUGUCUUGAAAAGAUGGGAGAGUAUUUGGAAGUGUUGGGCCCUGUCCUGCAUGAGAGAGGUGUUGACGUUUGUCUGGCCCUACUUCAGCGACGGCCUAAAGAUAACAAUCCGAAAGAGUUGGCCAUGCUUUCAGACGUUCUGAAGUUGAUAUGUGCACUAGCUGCACAUCGAAAAUUUGCAGCUCUUUUUGUGGAUCGAGGUGGUGUGCAGCAACUCCUUGCUACUCCGAGAGUGUCUCAAACUCUGACGGGCAUAUCUCUUUGCCUAUUUGCACUUGCAUCAUUACAGGGUGUAAUGGAGCGAGUGUGCAAUUUACCAGCACCAGUGGUUCAAGAUGUUGUCGCUCUCCCACUUUACCUUUUAUCUUGUCCACAAGAUCCAGCGAGACGCAAUGCAGCUUUGUUUUUUGGGGCCUCCUUCGUUUUCCGUGCUAUUUUGGAGGCCUUCGAUGCUCAGGAUGGGUUGCGUAAAAUUGUCAACUUGUUGCGGAACACAGCUUCUUUGAGAUCAGGAGGGUCGAGCAACUCAGGCACUGGUGCAGCUUCGGCAGGCUCACGCGACCGGACGGUAGCAUCAGCUGAAGUUUUGACAUCGACUGGGAAGCAGAUUGCUUACCAUACCUGUGUAGCCCUCCGUCAAUAUUUUCGUGCUCAUUUGCUAUUGUUGGUUGACUCGCUACGGCCUAAUAGAGGUCAUAAGAGUGGUUCUCGAAAUGGCCCUAGUGGAAAAGCCACAUAUAAGCCUCUGGACAUCAGCAACGAAGCAAUGGACACAAUUAUUGUCCAACUGCAGAGAGACAGGAAACUGGGAACUGCUUUCGUUAGGUCGCGUUGGGCUCCUCUUGACGCAUUUAUGCAGUACAACGGUCACAUUGUUCUCCUCGAACUUACUCAGCAAGCUGCUCCUGGAGAGAGGUACUUGCACGAGAUAGUACAGCACUCUCUUGGAGUCCUGCAGAUUGUGACGCUAGUGCCGUAUACACGAAGAUUAAUAGUUGACUCAACACUUAGCAAUGAGCGAUCUUUUAUGGCAGUUGUUCUUGAUGCUGUGAGUGGAGUUGCUUUUUGUGAUCCGGAGGUGAUUCAAACAGCGCUGCUGGUAUUGGUCAAUCUGGUCUGUCCUCCUCCUUCACUAUGCAGCCGACCUGUGGCAGUUCCUACCACCCCUGCACAGUCUCAACAAGCCCAGUCAAGCCAGGGUCCUACUGGGAAUGUUUCUCAAGCAACAACAGUCGGUGCAGGAACCGUGGUAAAUCUAGAAAGUAAGGGUUGGACAGUAAGGUCAGAAGCCAAUAUUGAUAGAAAUGGGGGAACUCAAGCAGCUCCGGGACCAGGUGCUUUUGGAGCGGGGUUUGUCGGGGACCGGCGAAUUUCCUUGGGGCCAGGUGCAGGAGGGUCAGGGUUGGCGGCCUACAUGGAACAAGGUUAUCGUUAUGCCCGUGAAGCAGUACGGGCUAAUAAUGGAAUUAAAGUUUUGCUUCAUCUUCUUUACCCAAGGACUGUUCUUCCUCCUCCUGCCUUGGAUUGUAUUCGAGCCUUGUCCUGCCGAGUUUUGUUGGGCUUGGCUCGAGACGAUACAAUUGCACACAUUCUUACUAAACUGCAGGUGGGGAAGUUGCUUUCAGAGUUAUUGCGAGAUGGUGGUGGUCAGGCUGGUCGCCAAGCCAGUGCAGGUGGUAUUGGUGGGGAACAGGGAAGAUGGCAAGCGGAACUUAGCAGAGUGGCGUUAGAGCUCAUUGCGAUUGUUACCAAUGCAGGGCGCGCAAACACUGUAGCAGCUAGUGAAGCAGCUGCACCUACUCUACGCCGAAUUGAAAGAGCUGCCAUUGCUGCAGCCACACCUAUCAGUUAUCACUCCAGGGAGUUAUUGCAGCUCAUUCAUGAGCAUCUCAUUGGAUCAGGGCUCCCGAACGCAGCGGCUGCAUUGCUCAAGGAAGCAAAUUUGAAACCUUUGCCCUCCCUUUUACCUCCGAUUUCUCUUGUACUCCCUCUGGCAUCUGCUGAAGGAACCACAGAACUGAUUCAGUGGCCUGUGGGACGAAUGAGUGGUGGAUUUCUUGGAGGCGGUUCCAAGCGAACUGCUAAGGAUGAGGAUGAUGCCAGCAGUUCUCAGCCGCCUCCUCCUACCCGCAAGAAGCCAGCAUUCUCAACUUCUUUGACUUCAAGUGGAAAAUUGUGUUCAUCUUCAGCUUCAGCUUCACUGAGGAAGUCACAAGGCGUUAAAGAAAGUCGUAGUCGGCUUCUUGAUACACAGGAUUAUUCCCUCACGAGUGGGAAGUCCAAAGAUGAUGCAGAUGCUAUGUUCAAAACACCCGGAACACAUCGCAAUCCACCUGUUUCAUGCAAGCGUAAAAGUGGUGAAAGAGACCUGCCUCCAUUAUCCCCAACAAGUAAGCGGAUGGCUUUUACGGAUCCUCUCACAGCAUCUCCUUGUGUCACCCCAGGGCAUGCACCCCUGAAGUCAAAUUUUGCUGUUGACAUUUCUGCACCCGUACAAUUUACCCCAGCUCCUUCUACUAGUGAUAUCACUCCUGUCAAAGCAUGCAAUGGACAGCACGUUCUGCCUGAGAAGGCUGAGACUGUUAACUUGCAAUCGGAGUCAACCUUUGAUAUUCAACAGUCGCCGUACAUUCCCUUCAAGCAAUAUUCCGGCACUCCAGGCCACUCACUUGUUCCCUGUAUAGGUAGUCUUCUAGAACCUCGCACCAACACUGCAGAACAUGCAACACUUGACUCACUUGUGGUCCAGUAUUUGAAGCAUCAGCAUCGCCAGUGCCCGGCUCCUAUUACUACUCUCCCUCCUUUGUCCCUCCUUCACCCACAUGUGUGCCCAGAACCAAGUAGAGCACUUGAUGCAUCUUUGAAUACUGCUGCCAGGUUGGCUGCGCGCCAGAUUACUCCACCUUAUGGAGGCAUGCAUGGACGGAGACGAGAUCGGCAUUUUGUGUACAGCCGUUUUCGUCCAUGGCGCACAUGCCGUGAUGAUGCAGUUCUUCUCACUGCAAACACCUUCUUAGGUGAAGCGUCCUGUCUCGCUGCGGGUAGUCAUGCUGGUGAUAUUCGACUCUUUGAUACGAGCACAGGCAAUAUCUUGGAGGUGCAAUUGAUGGGUCAUACUUCACCGAUCACAGUCAUGCAAUCUUCUCCACAUUGCCUGGUUGGAAAUGACACACGAGUUGGGCAGUUAUUAUUAUCUUCCGCCAGUUAUGAUGUGCAAUUAUGGGACUCUUCAAAUCUUAGCAAUGGAGCUUUGCAUGCUUUUGAUGGCUGCAAAGCUGCCAGGUUCAACCAUGCAGGAAGCAGAUUUGGUGCGAUUGCUGUGGAAUCUGCUCAUAAAGAAGUCCUGCUUUACGAUGUUGGCAGCUAUAAAUUGGAACAAAGGUUGCCUGACCCUUUAACAAGUCAAUCAGGCCUGCCUCGCAGCCACACGCAACCAAUGGUUCAUUUUAGUCCAGAUGAUAUCUUGGUCCUUUGGAGUGGAGUAUUAUGGGAUCAUCGGAUUCCUCGCGCGAUUCAUAGGUUUGAUCAAUUCACUGAUUAUGGCGGAGGUGGUUUUCAUCCGGCCGGAAAUGAGGUUAUCAUCAAUUCAGAGGUUUGGGAUUUGCGUUCGUUUAAGCUUUUAAGAAGUGUACCUUCCCUGGACCAAACUUCCAUCACUUUUAACACAACAGGCGAUGUGAUUUAUGCAACACUACGUCGUAACUCGGAUGAUAUUAUGGCCGCACUUCAUCCGCGUAGGAUGCGGCAUCCGUUAUUCAGUGCCUUCAGAACAAUGGAUGCAGUGGACUACUCUGAUAUUACCACCACAGUUGUGGAUCGUCGUGUCCUUGAUCUGGCAACUGAGCCUACAGACUCUUUCAUUUCAAUAGUAGCAGUUGAAAGUAAUGAUGAAAUGGAUUCGUUUGCUAAGCUGUAUGAAGUAGGGAGGAGACGUCCGACCGAUGAUGAUUCAGACCCAGAUGAUGGUGGAGAGACGGAAGAGGAAGAAGAAGAUGAUGAGGAUGACGAGGAUGACGACGACGACGGCGACAUUCAUGAAGAUGAAGACAUAGAUCUCGUAAGUAACGACGAUGAUGAAAACAGUGAAGAGGAUGAUGAUGGAGACGAAGCUGGGGAUAAUGACAGUUUUUCUACAGAUGACGAUGGUAGUGAUGAUGGUCUCGGGGAGGGUGUCCUUGAACUCCUCUCCGACGGUGAAGAUGAUCACAGAGGUACAUUUUCUAGCGACGACGGCUCUGGGGGUGAGUUUGGAGAGGACGCGUUUGAAUUUAUGGGAGGAUUGUUCUGACGAGGACGAUCGGGAAUUUUGGGAUCCUUUAAGCGUUAGUAUAAUAGGCAUGAGAACAUUACUUGUCCCCCUUGAUGUGUCUUUUAGCCUGAGUUUUUCCCCAGGCUAUGGAGGAACCUGCUCUGCUGAUUGUAUACAGAUAGUAUAUGUAGUGUUCCCUUUGUAAAGUACGUUGGGUUUGUCAAUCGCAUUAGGGAGGUUGCACAAGUACCAGAUGAAUAUAGAACUAGUCCAGCUUCUGCUACAAGUCCUUGGUGCGGUGACGUCGGUUGCAGAAGACAAAUCACUUUUUUACGAAACUGUGCACAUUUUUGUUCUCACCCUUACUUUGCUCCUGAUAUUAUUAGUUCAGGUCGGGGUGAUUAUCAAGCAGAUGCUCAAACAAUUUGAGCCAUUGGUUAGCUUUCAAGACGGCGUUUCAUUCUAUUACUCUUGAUGCAAAGUAGUAAACUAAGUCAAAUUCGUCUCGA